CUCUUAACUUUGAUGUCCCCCGCGCUCCCUGCGUCGCACACCGGUGGGAAAUCUGUCAGGUACGUUCUCACGGAAAGGGAGGAGGCUCGUCCGGGAGUGGCAGCUCGCUCCUCGGUCGCUGUCUCACCGUCAGCAGCAACGCCAUCGUCCCCCGCUAGCACCUACACGAGUCCAGCUGCAGGACCCUCGGGCAAAGAUGGCCAAAAUUUGGGCAGUGGCCGCGGCACCCUGCCUGGACAUCGGUAACCCGGGAUUUCCUUUGCUGCCACCGGUAAUCAGUAACAGCUGUGAGAGAAGCGAUCUCAUUUACGUUGUCUGGGAACAAUAGCUUUCAGACCGGCCUGCCACUUUCUCUGACAGCUUCCAAGUCAGUUCUGAAAUCCUCAACCUUGCUCUGCCUUUGGUUUAUCAGGAAUAUGUUGUUUUUAUCGCGUUCGGGUCCCGGUUUUGCUUACUUUAAAAAUUGAUCCUCCAAACACACUGCCUGAACAUCUUUAUUUUCUCUUAUCAUGCAUCAAUACUAUACUCGAGUAGAGCAAUAAUGUUUUGCUUUACAAGUGUUUGUAAGUGUCUCUCUUUAUACGGGUAUUCAUUUGAUUAUAAUCGGUUUAUGUUAGAUCUUGUCGAGUGCUUAUUUUCCAGCAAAAUAUCCACAAAGAAAACAUUUUCUCCCUGUGUGCUAAAACUGGGGCAAAAUAACAGGGCAAAAAUGAACUGGGACGUCUUGACAGCCUUUGCAGUGUCAAUUUCCCCAACCCAGCCCUCAGUUGCAAAGUUUUUCUAGCUUUGGCAGUCAAACUGACAUCGAAUCAUUGAAAAGCUCAUCUAAGCAUAAUUAUGAUAUUCUGAAAAGCCCUCCAUUGUGUGUGGCCGAGCACUGACUAAUCGGAGAUGUGAUUGGUCCGAUUACACGCAUGGGUGGGGCUUAGUUUCCUUAUACGGCAGCUUGGCAUAACAACAAAUCAUGUGAUAGCCCAUGUUGACGUGAGAGGGGGCUUGCUGGAGUAAUAUUAAGGAGAUCUACAAGUUGAUCUUUCUGAGAUAAACACACACACAAUCAAAUAGGUCUGUCAGUGUGAAGGUAGACCGAGUAACACAGUGAAAAGGAGGAAGGAAAGAAGUGGCAGCAAGCAAGACGCUAAAGCCAGAUAAUAGUAGGAAGAGAGGAAGAAGUCCACCGCGUAAGAACGUGUUCAGUUUAGAUGUGCUCUGUCAUGCAGCCAAUGCAGGCGGGCGGGACUCUCCAGACGCGGUACCCGGCCCACUCCAUGACUGCUAUGCCUUCCAACCCCAGCGGCCUAGGGAUGGUGCCGAGCAUGCCUUCCUUCUACGACACACAGAACUACUACAGGCACCAGUCACCCUCGGGGUACCCCUCGACCGGUAUGUCCAUGGGGCCAACGGGAAUGACCAUGUAUCCAGACCAGUACGCCAUGCACAGGCCUUCUCCCUACGGCCACCAGCCGUACGGGCCCCAGACCACCCCCAAGGAUAUGGUGAAACCCCCUUACAGCUACAUCGCUCUCAUAGCCAUGUCCAUUAUGAGCGCCCCGGAGAAGAAGGUCACGUUGAACGGGAUCUAUCAGUUUAUUAUGGACAGGUUUCCAUAUUAUCGAGAAAAUAAGCAAGGCUGGCAGAACUCCAUACGCCACAAUCUCAGCCUUAAUGAGUGCUUCAUCAAGGUUCCUCGCGAUGACAAGAAGCCAGGGAAGGGCAGCUACUGGUCCCUGGACCCUGACAGCUAUAAUAUGUUCGACAACGGCAGUUAUCUGAGACGCAGGAGGAGGUUCAAGAAGAAAGACGCUCUGAAGGACCGCGAGGAGCGUGAUAAAUCAUCUGCGUCGUUCACGGAUGGACAGAAAAGCGGGAUUGAUGGAGGGAUGAGUGAUGGGGAUUCUCAGGGACAGACAGGGGAAAGUGACCCCUCGGAUUUGGAGUUAAAAUCCCAGCAACAACAACAGCAACAGCAGCAACAACAACAUCAACAGCAGCAGCAGCAUCUCAUGGUAUCUUCCGAAUCCAACACUCCGGGCUCAAGCAAUUUAGUUCAAACCAAACUCGAACCCAUUGACUCGAUGAGUAAUGGCGGCAUGAAGCAAUCCUCCUCGCAGAAUUCUCUCCCUAUUCCGCCAGACCCGCUAACAUACGACUCUGUGGCGGUGAGUUCCGUGAACAACUUUUCCGUGGAAAAUAUUAUGACCACACAAAGCUCGGAUCUGACUAUGUUAACGUCUGUCUCUCGACCGGGGGCGUCUUCCCAGUUGAUCUCUCCCCAGCCCCUGUCAGCCUACGGCCGUCCCCUGCAGACCUCCAGCCCUAUGGGUUACGCCGCUCUCAACAACGCAGCUGCUUCCGUGUUCCCAGGGGAGCGUCCCCUAAGCUCUGGCAUGCCCUCCAUGGCCGCCAUGUCCGGGGCGACUGACGACCAGGGGCUGUCUAUGAACAUGACGCACCAAGCCCCUGCCUAUUCCCGUACACCCAAUUCCUGGUAUCUUCCUGCUUCAAAUGUGACGGAUUUGAGUCAUGGAGGCGCGGACAUUAAUAACUCUUACCUGUACAGUUCCACGGCGCAACAGACGGCGACAUCGGACAGCUGUCAGCUUGCCGCCUACAGAGGCCCAUAUAAGACUUCGCCCUACGCCUAUGACUGUACCAAAUAUUAGUGUGAACUCUUGUGACUCUGUGACUUCACGCCCUACUACUUCUACUUCACGGCAUGUUGUUAAUUUACUGCCUGUAAGUACCCAAAUGAUCACAUUGCCGAGGCAAAAUAAUUCACAGAAAUUUCAUGGGAUGAAUUUUCCACUGAAAAACGUGCUGGAAUUUUGCGGCGGGUGUUGGUGUUCUGUCAAGAAAGCUCGAUAUUUAUUUACUGAGAACAAGUUGUAAUUAUUUAGUAAUUCUGUCCAAUUAUAUUUAUUUCUUGACAGGCGUUUAAUACUCGAUCCUUGAAAAAUACAGUUCGUGUUGUAUGCCACAAAAAUUGCCAAAAAAUGUAUAUGAGAUUUAAUUUGGUGAAAAUUUAACCCAGUUAAUUCUGUGAAUAUUUUUGUGAGUGGAGAGUAAAAGUAUAAGGCACGCAGGGUGUUGUUAUGAUUAAUUUGAAUCUCUGGUUGAAGCAUUAAGUUUAUAUAGCUGUAAAGGACGUGAUGAAAUGGACUCCAAAUUUACGUCCAAAAGUUCUGUGUCUAGCUCUGGUAACAUAUGUCUCAAGUUUUCGGACCAGCGAGUGUCAUCAAAAGGACAGGAAGCGUCGUAAAAUUACUUUAUCUGUGACAGUUACCCCGUCAUUCAGUUUGUUUAUUUUGCUGUACAAUUUGUUGAAAGAGGCGGGCAAGUGAUCUAUUCAAACAGACAGUAUAGAGAGAGACAGUCAAGUCUAUUGAGAUCUUUUGUACCACAGAAAUACUGUCACCAUAUUAGAAAUUCGCCAGAUAAACCCCGUGAUAGCUAGCCUAUAGGUAAUGUGUGGAGAAAAAUCAUUAAUUUUCUGACAAUAAUAUUCGGGCUCACCCGAAGAUCUAGGUCGAAAUAAUAUUUUUGAAUUUGGAUUAAAUCCAUCUUGAGCUCUGCAUGUAGAGCAAAUUUUUUUUUGUAAAAAAUAUGGCGGCGGGAUCUGCAGUAGUUUUGUUUGUACUUAGAUCCUGCAUAUACAAACUCUAAAUUGUAUCAUAAAUAACUUCGAUUUGGUCCGUUGUUGGUUUAUCACCUUAAGGAAUUGAUUGGUAGUAUUAUUAUCAGUUGUUUUUAAUUUUAGCACUAGAUAAUAGGUGCGUGUAUUCUCAGUAAACAAGGUGAGCUGAUAAUAAUCCAGAUGUCAACAAAUCUAGUGGGCUAAAUCACACAUUUUCUUGCUAAGGUUUAUCGCCGUUUAAGCGCGUGUGUAUGUAGUGUCAUCUUAGGAAAAUGAGCUAACGGUCGAAAAAAAUGUGGUACACGGUUCUACAGUUAUUGUUUUUAUUUUUACUUUUUCAUUUAAUCUGUGCAAGGACACUUUUUUUCAAAAUGUUAAGGAGUAUUGAUGGCACCGUUUAUUUCGGUGUUCAGGAGUAAUGGAGCAGGGUGCAAGAAGAGACAAUUCCACUCUUUUUACUAACAAUAAUAUUAUAAUUAUAAUAAAAGGCGAUCGAGACAAUCAAAAAAGAUUUUACUCAGAUAUUUAAAUAUUUUUAUAAGUUAAGGAACAUCCUCUACGCAGUAUACCAAAGUUUCUUUUUUGCUACACAUGUUAUAAAUAUUAUUAUUAUAUUAUUCUUAGAUAAAUGUACAGAAUUUGGUAGUAGCAAGUCGUCAGUAUACUCACAAUUCAAUUUGUUCCUCCUAGAAAAAAAAUGUACGUGUUUUGUAGCGUAUUGGUAUAGUUUUAGUCACAUGCACUUAAGAUGCAAUAAACAUUUUGUACUAAAAUAUUAAUUUUAUUGGUAUUCAUGCUUUUAUACUUUU